GGCAAGAGAGAGAGAUACACGCGAAAGGGUCACGUAACCGAUGAGAGAAUAUGACACCGCGGGGUAGGUACCUAGGUAGGUACGGGGAGGGAGAUGGGCGACUCUGCAAAAAUCGACAUCUGGAAAUGGGCUUACAGGAAAGCGCGUGUAUCGAUAUGGAAAGCACGGACGCAGAACACUGGCAGAGCAGAGGUUCCAAACGGAGGUCGGGUAGCUCGCGACCAGCGACGUUCCCAACGUUCGGCGUCCGGAAGGAACCGUGGCAAGGGUGGGGAUGUUCUCGGGAGCUGGGAGGCUGAUUCUCGCGUCAACGAAGGGCCAGCGACCCGGAGCGGAGUGAGGUGGGGUCCAACCUGUCACUUGAAGAAGGGGUGGAAGAAGCGAGGCGCGUUUGCGAUGGAGAAUGGCGGACACAGAACAGAGGCGGCGCUCACAGAUCGUCAACGUUAGCAGUGACGGUGGUGACGAUGGAGAUGCGAAAUUUUAUGGCGGGGUGGAAAGGGAGGGGCAGACAAGGCUGGUUCUGGAGAGGGGCCUCCGAGAGGGGACAAAGUUAACUCCAAGAGGAAGGGGACUCCAAAAAAGGAUUCGGACAAAGUGGAGGGUUGAACCGUGGUGGGGAGGUCGGUGGACGAUCAGGAUGGUCGGUCAGGAUGGUCUUCGCAAGUCGGAGCCUACUUGGUACUCAGUUGGUGGAGGUACCUGGGUAAUCAUGCACAAAGACAGAUGGCAGUUUGACCAAUGUGUGGAGAAGCAAAGUGGGAUUCCGAAGCUGCAGCAAUUUCAAUUAUCAAAUAUGUACCCAGCAAGGAGGUGUGAUCACCCUGAAAAGGCCUUUGCCUUGUCCUCCCGACGCACCUCGCCAUCUGUAAGCCCCGGCGCGUUGUCAAAACCCAUGAUCCCAAGAUGCCAAAGGUCUUUGUCCUCUUCGGUCACCUGGCAAGCUAGUAGAUGCUAUUCUCUUGUUCUUCUCCAGUCUUCGGACUUCGAUUCCUUGCUCGUGUGAUAGCUCGAGGCCGGAGCGGAUGCGAGGCUAAGACGGAAGUAAGGUAAGCUAAAAUAGGUCACAUUCCGUUUUGAGGUGUGACGUAAAUGAGCGGGAUCUUGGACCCUUGAAGUCCCACCCGCACGAGAUUCGCUGUCUUCAAAAACGGGGGUCUCUCA